AUGUUGUGCCUGCCCAGAGAAAAGGACGGAAGGGGGAAGGAGUUGGGUGAUAUUUUGGGUAAGAGAAGCAGUAGGAAGGAUCUGUUGACUAAAAGAUUGGUAUCUUCGUGUGGUGAGUGUUUAGAUUGCAAGGCUUUGAUGGAUGAGAUUGAAUGGAGUGGGGAAGUGUUUCCUUCAUGUUUGUUGGCCAAGGAUCCUCUUUACGCGUUUGGAAAGCCUACCUUCCCCUGA